AUGCGGCACACUAAUAUUCCCUGCGAGGCUCGAUACGGUGAACAGGAUCCGGGAGCCUCAGUCUUGUCCGCUUCUAAAGCUCAUUUCGCCGCUCAAGCGAUGACGCGAACAUCCCUACGGCUCAACCCAGCGUCUAUGACGGUAUACUGUCUCUGUGGCGGUGCUGUACAGACCUGGUUUUACGGUUUCCCCGGAGCUGCUUCAGCAUGGUUGAAUCUGACCCAGCGGUCGCUUGAAGAACUUUUCCCGGUUCUUUGCGCUUCCAUACCCGGUGCUGUCAACCUCACCGGAGGGGCCUUCUCGCCCUUGAGUACUCAGGGGUUUCUAUGCAUUCUGUUACCGAGCCUCGACAUCAAGUUACAGAAUGCUACGGUCACAUACUUCUGUACUCAUUCGCCGUUUGCAUUCGCGGAUUUCGAAACCUUGAACUCAACAAGUGCGAGUCGUGAAGCACAAAGUAGAUUCGAGCGAUGCUUGUCGACGUCUUUUACUAAUCGGAAUUCGACAUCCGAGUUCAACAUGUCGGACAUCGUGGAUCUCUUUGACAAAGUCAAGAUACCCAGUUGGAUAGAUGAGACCGACGAGAAUUGGAAAGACGUCAGCAGCAAGCCCGGCAAAACACACUGGUCUUCUUUGGCCGGAAUCUCUCUCGAGCAUAGCCUUAUUGAAAACAAGACAGUUUCAGUAGAAUCCAGUUAUGUUCAAAUUCAGCAUUCAUUCGUUGACGAAGAUGCGCAAAAGAGGAAGCCGAUGAUAAUGAAACACAAGAACCUUUAA